AAAAAAAACUACAAAGUCAGUUUCUGAAAAUGUUCAUUCCAAGCGAAAGCCGUGUUGCUGUUAUGCAAUACUUGUUCAAGGAAGGUGUUGUCGUCGCCAAGAAUGAUUUGAGAUUAAAGUCUCACCCACACAUUGAAGGUGUUAAGAAUUUGCACGUCGUCAAAUUCAUGCAAGGUUUCGCUGCUAGAGGUUUGGUUAAGCAACAAUAUGCUUGGAGACAUUACUAUUGGUUCUUGACUAACAAUGGUGUCAACUUCUUGAGAGAAUACUUGAACUUGCCAACCACUGUCGUCCCAGCUACCCACAAGAUGACUGGUAAGAAGAUCCAAAUCAUCAGCACUGAUAGACCAAAGAAGCAAUUCAAGGCUGGCGAAAGACCACAAUACAGAAAUGACAGAAAGACUGCUCCAAAGGAAGGUGAAACCGCUGUCCCACAAGGAACUGCUACUGAAAAGCCAAAGACUGGUGGUAGAGGUAAAGGAUUCCAACAACAAUAAAUUUGCACCAUAGAAAAAACAUAAAUUAU